UGGCAACACGGCAACACUAAAACACUGACAGACUGAGCGAGCAGUCAAAAUAUUUGGUUAUGUUGACGACUUUUUGGUUUUGCAGUUUGAAAUUAAUUGCACACAUUUAUUUUUAUCUUCACAUUUUGUGAAGAAAGAAAGGCGUAGAAAUUAAAUUAAGUGAUGAAUAUUACUAGAUUUAUAGGCUAUAAUGUAAUUUUAAAACCUGCAACGGUCGCAAAACUACAAAACAAUGGGUUAAAAAUAUGUUCAAAUUCAAAAUUACUAAGUAACAAAGAGACCUCUUACUUAAGACAGAGUCAUGUCAAGUUUGUUUCUACAUAUGAGGUAAAAAAUGAGCAAAAAGGUGAGAGUUUUCUCAAGAAAGCUUUGAAGAAGAUUCCUUUUAUUAAUGUUGAUCGAGUGAAAAUUAAAGGUAGGGGGUACAUCUUGUAUGAAGAAAUAGCAGAUAAAAUUGAUUAUCUUGAAUUUUUUAAAGAAUUUGAAUUGUUAGAUACUUUUUACUCAUGGUUCACAGUAACUGAGUUACAUAUUUGGAUGUUGAGUCUAAGGGCUAUGGCAGAAGGUGAAAAUGGGAAAGAUCUAAGGAAUGCUAUCGUAGAAGCUUUGUGGACUGAUGUUGCACAAAGGGUUAAAAGAUUAGGGUCAGGUAGUCCAUCUAUGUUAAGAAACCAAAUAGUAGAAUUAUCUGAGCAAAUGCAAGCUGCAUUCAUAUCCUAUGAUGAAGGUAUUCAAUCUGAUGAUAUAGUCUUAGCCGGAGCUAUAUGGAGAAGAUUUUAUAAGAUGGAACAUGCAGACCCCUCUAACCUAGAUAAACUUGUGAAACACAUAAGAAAACAGGUUUGUGUUUUGGAUAAUAUGUCUUCUGAAAACUUAUUUAAGGAGACACCAAUUCAUUGGUUACCAGUCAAAGAAAGUUAACGUCAUUAUACUAAUUUAAUUUGAUAUAGAAUAAUUAUAUUGUACAUAGUUGUUGUAUUGUAUUUAUUAUUGAAUAAAAUUAAACACUAAA